AUGGCGCAAGGGGGCAUUUGGGAGCUUCUUGCAGUAACGAGGAAAGUGGUGCCCAAUUACCACUGUGGAGGAGGUCACAAGCUCAUAGCCGUCAUCGAAGGACCAACAGCCACCCUCUCGUUGGGGAUCGCGACAAUGCUAGGGCCCUACCAGCAUCCACAGCUCAGCUAUGGACUCCUGAAUCCAGCCCUACGUUCUAAAGUGUUGUUUCCUGCGUUGUAUGGGAUGGUCCCCCAUGAAAGCUUCCUCCUCUCCGGGAUAGCCCGACUGAUCCAGCAUUUCAACUGGCGCUGGGUGGGGCUGAUGGCUUCAGAAGAUGACCGAGGGGAGAGGGCCGUAGAGACCCUUGCCAGGGAAAUCGGCAACGGAGGUGGCUGCAUUGCAUUCACUUGGAUGUUUAAGCAAUCUAUCAAUUACGAUGAAUUGUCCUUUCAAAAAGGAAGAGAACUUCAGGGGAUCUUCCAGAAGCCUUCAGCCAAUGUGACAGUUCUCUAUGGGACACCACACCACAUGAUGAUAUACUUAAUACUAUCGACGUCGUACAGUAUAUGGAUGAGAGGGCAGGUGUGGAUCCUCACAACCCUCUCAGAAGUCAAAACCUCAGAUUACAUGAUUUUCCAUGGGUCUUUGCUCUUGGUCAGACAUAAGCAAGAGAUUCCAGGAUUCCAGGAUUUCCUCCAAAGAAUUAAACCACGGCAUUACCCAGCAGAUCCCCAGAGAAAGAGGUCUUGCACCACCAAAUGGACAUGUUUUUAUGUGGUGAAGUCCUGCCCUGGCCCCGGGGUUGGGGCCCACCGCCGUCCCUCCUUCCCUUUCCUGGGCGUUGGUCUGCCCGUCCUGAUCCCCGGUGUCCUGGGGGCGGCUACCACUAAUACGGACGUCAACACCUAUCCUCAGCUGCUGGCCUUUGUCCACGCUGUGGAGGAAAUCAACCGGAGCCCACACCUCUUACCCAACAUCUCUUUGGGUUUCCACAUCUAUGAUUCUGUCUUCAGUGACGAGACGGCGCUGGGAGGUAUUUGGGGGCUUCUUUCAGGAACGAGGAAAGUGGUGCCGAAUUACCACUGUGGAGAAGGCAACAAGCUCAUCGCCGUCAUCGAAGGACCAACAGCCAGCUUCUCGUUAGGGGUUGCCACGGUGCUAGGGCACUACCGGUAUCCACAGCUCAGCUAUGGGCUUCUGGAUCCAGCCCGGCGCUCUAAAGUGUUGUUCCCUGCUUUGUAUGGGAUGGUCCCCAGCGAAAGCUCCCUCCUCUCUGGGGUAGCCCGACUGAUCCGGCAUUUCGACUGGCGCUGGGUGGGGCUGAUUACUUCAGAUGAUGACCGAGGGGAGAGGGCCGUAGAGACUCUUGCCAGGGAAAUCGCCAAGGGAGGCGGCUGCCUUGCGUUCACCUGGAUGUUUAAGAACAGUGAUAACCGAAGACACCUUCUGGUGAGCUUCCAGAAGUCUUCAGCUAAUGUGACAGUUCUCCAUGGGACAACGGGCCUCAUCACAGACUUCAGGAAACUCUUAUUUUGGUCCAGAAUAAAGCUGAAAGGGCAGGUGUGGAUCCUCACAGCUCAGGAAGAAUUCCCCGCACAAGCCAAAUAUUCCAGUCUUCAUAUCUUCCAUGGGUCUUUGCUCUUGGUCGGACAUAAGCGGGAGAUUCCAGGAUUCCAGGAUUUCCUCCAAAGAAUAAAACCUUGGCAUUACCCAGGUGACAGGAACAUAAAGGAGUUCUGGAGACGUGCCCAUGACUGCAGUUGGCUGGAUGCGUCCUGGCUGCCGCAGUGUACAGGUGAAGAGAAUCUGACCAACAGCAUAUUCCCCAAGCACACGCUUCUUUCUCCAACAUGGGGUUACAGCUUAUACAAUGCAGUAUACACCGUGGCUCACGCUCUACAUGCCGCAGUCUCACGUCAGCCCCUGGCCAACGUAAGGGGUUCCCAGUCAUGGCAGCUCCUCCAUUUCUUGACAAACAUGAACUUCACAAACCCAGCUGGAGAGGAUUUGUUCUUCGAUGGAAACGGGGACUUGGCAGCAGGAUAUGACGUUCUGAACUUGAUCUCUUCACCUAAAAAAAUCUUGUCUCGUGUCCCUGUUGGAUCUUUUCACCCUCAAGCUACUUUGGGACAUGAACUCAUCAUUAACAAGAGCGCCAUCCAGUGGGCCAGCGGCUUCAAACAGCUUCCCUAUUCAGUGUGCAGCAAAAAAUGCCUUCCUGGAUAUCGAAAGAAAAUCCGCAACGGGGAGCCAGCCUGCUGCUUUGACUGUGUGCCCUGCACGGCUGGAGAGGUUUCCAACCAAAGUGGCAUGGAAAGUUGUUGCCAGUGUAUGGAAGACCAGUAUGCAAAUGAGCACAGGAACCAAUGCCUCCCGAAAGUUAUCACAUUCCUGGCCUUUGAUGACUCACUGGGACUAACCUUGUCAACUCUGGCAAUCUCCUUCUCCCUCCUCACUGCUUGUGUUCUGGUGACAUUUGUCCAGUACCGCGACAGCCCCAUCGUCAAAGCCAACAACCUCCAUCUCAGCUACAUUCUCCUCAUCUCACUCCUCAUCUGUUUUCUGUCCUCCUUGAUGUUCAUUGGCUGCCCUACAAAAGGGACUUGCCUGCUACAACAGACCAUAUUUGCAGUUGCUUUUGCUGUGACCAUCUCUUCCGUCUUGGCUAAAACCAUAACUGUUGUCUUGGCCUUCAAGGGCCCUGAGAUGGGCCACAGACUGAGGACCUUCUUGAGAAAUGGGAUGUCUAAUUCUGUUGUCCUUCUCGGGGCCCUCGUUCAAGUCCUCCUUUGCUCUGUCUGGCUGGGAACAUCUCCUCCUUUCCCUCAGAAUAACACCCAAACAGAAGUCAGGCAGAUUGUGGUUCAGUGUAAUGAAGGAUCCAUAGGUAUCUUCUUUGGCACACUGGGCUACCUGGGUAUUUUGGCUGCCAUCAGCUUCACAGUUGCCUUCUUGGCCAGGAAGUUACCGGACUCUUUCAACGAAGCCAAACAUAUCUCUUUCAGUAUGGUCGUUUUUUGUUGCGUCUGGAUCUCCUUCAUCCCUGCGUACCUCAGCUCUCAAGGGAAGACUGCCGUUGCCAUAGAGCUCUUCUCCAUUUUGGCUUCCAGUGCUGGGAUUCUGGCCUGUAUCUUUACUCCAAAAGUCUUCAUUAUUUUGGUGAGGCCGGACAGGAACAGCAAGAAAUUUCUGAGGAGGAAAUGA